CUGGUGUGAUUUCCGGUUUGCUCAGAGCAUUAUGGCGAUAUUCAGUGUUUACGUAGUGAAUAAGGCUGGUGGCCUGGUAUAUCAGUACGACAACUAUUCUCCCCGACUGGAAGUGGAGAAGACUUUCAGUUUUCCGUUGGAUUUUGUAUUAAAAGUGCACGAUGACCGGCUAAUCGUAGCGUUUGGCCAACGUGACAACAUUCGCGUUGGCCAUGCAGUUCUCUCCAUUAAUGGCUUUGAUGUCAAUGGAAGAUAUACAGCUGAUGGCAAGGAGAUCCUAGAAUACCUCAACAACCCAGCCAACUACCCUGUGUCCAUUCGCUUUGGGCGUCCACGCCUCAGUUCCAAUGAAAAACUAAUGCUGGCUUCAAUGUUUCAUUCACUGUUUGCUAUAGGUUCACAGUUGUCUCCUGAGCCAGGAAGUUCUGGAAUAGAGAUGCUGGAAACAGACACGUUCAAGCUGCACUGUUUCCAAACUUUAACAGGAAUCAAGUUUAUAGUUCUAGCAGAUCCCAGGCAAGCUGGCACUGACACUCUACUACGAAAAAUUUAUGAAAUUUAUUCAGACUUUGCCUUGAAAAAUCCAUUCUACUCCCUUGAAAUGCCAAUCAGGUGUGAGUUGUUUGAUCAGAAUUUGAAGGCUGCACUUGAAGUAGCAGAAAAGGCUGGGACAUUUGGGCCUGGGUCAUAACACUUACGCCAGUAUUUGACCUGGAUGAACAUGCUUUCUUCAGAACUAUAAAAAAAAAACUACAACCUUGUUUCUUGACUCAUUUCUGGAGAUUAGAUUUACCAAGUGAGUCAUACACAGCUUGAUGUGGUGCUGAAAAACUGGGCAUUUAAAUAGCCACAAGCUGUGUAUAUAUGCCUUCAGCGAGGAACACUUCUCUAUAAAUGGUUAUAUCUGCUGUACAUAUUUUGUUGCUGUAUCAGUUGUGACACCUGUGCAAUAUUUGUGAUUUUCAAAACUGUGUAGCAUUUUGUUGUAAAUAAAGCUUUACUUUAAGUUUGGGAAAACACA